AGUUCCUGUGUGAAGAGGCUGAUUUAAAACGUUUUCUCUUCAGCCGAGCUUCCCUGAUCAAAUUCAACAUGCUUCAACGUUUCUUUGGACUCGUUUAUCUGUCAGCAGUUUCACACCUUUGUCUCAGAGGUACACUGGCUGAAUGUCCUCUUCAGAUCAGCCCACAGAGUGUUGUUGUGAAGUACGGCGAUUCUGUUUCAGUAAACUGCAGCACUUUUGUCACACAUCAUGGGAUGGGAUGGGAAUCCACUGUGGGAGCAGUGUCCCUGUCCAGAGACAGUCUGAUCACAUUGAGAGUGUCAGAGCUGACAGACUGGGAGAUGCAGCCACCAUUCUGCUACUUAAACUAUGACGAACAGCAGUGUACAGUAGAUCUCCCAGUCACAGUUUACAAGACUCCAGACAGUGUUUCCAUCAGCACUGUGAAUCAAGCAAUGAUGGAGGGAAACCAGUAUGAGCUCCAGUGUGACGUUCACAAUGUGGCUCCUGUUCAGAGUCUCACUGUCAACUGGUACAAAGGAGAAACUCUGGUGGAUCAAACCAACUUCACUGACACCACCAAGAGUCCAGUCAGUAAAACAUCUAAACUUGCGGUCCAUCCAGACAGAGCUGAUGAUGGAGCUCAGUUCAGGUGUGAAGCAGAGAUGAACCUGGGAGAAGGAGGACCUCAACCUUCUCCUACAAACACAUCAGAACCUCUCAACAUUACUGUGUAUUAUAAACCAAAACACUCCAGUCCGACAGAGAUCAUCAGUCGGAGCGAUGAUGUCUAUCUAAACUGUACAGUGAAGGCAAACCCGGCUGCUGUGUACACAUGGCACUCAGAGCAUCUGACAGAGAAGAUCAGCUCCUCAGUGAUCCAGUCCUCCACACUCAAUCCAGGAAAAUACACAUGCACCGCCACAAACUGUCUGGGAGAAGACAGCAAAGUGUUCACCGUCAAUUGCGUUACAGGUUGUCAUGGUACAUUCUGGACUGUUCUGGUUUUCCUCCAGUUGCUGGUUGCAUUCACGUCUAUCUUGUAGGAGAGAAUUAGUCCUAGGAUUGUGCUUUAUUUUCAGACAUGGGAUUAAUCUGCUGAGUAUUCAUGUAAAUUCUGUUGAUUCCAAAUCAAUUACUUCAAUAUGCAUGAUAUGCUACACAUCACUUUUAUUUGUAAUUAAAUUUGUGCUUUUUGUUGUUAUCAAGAACUAUCUGACCGUCAAAGUGAAUUUGAGUUUAGAUGUUUUCAUGCGUGAUCAUUUUUUCAUAUUCUUGCCAAAAAAAGAGAUCUUAGUAAUUAUUUUCUUGCACUAGAUACUAAUACAUUUAGUUUUACUUUGAUGCCAUUUGUCUGCCAAAACAUUAUUUUAUUGAAAUGAUUAAUACACAAAUACAAUAUGUCCAGAUAUGCUUUUAGAGAAUUGUCAGUUUUCAUGCCAGUCAAUGACAGGAUGCAGUUGUUAAUGUUAAUGAAAAUGAUUUCGUUUUAUUUUUGACAUUUUACUUUUGUUGUGAAAUAUUUUGGUAUUUUUUGUUUGUUUGUCACCUUUAAAUACCUUAUUUAGCAGGUUAUACGCAUUAUGCACUCAUUGCACAGCUUCUGGAUUUCUUUUGUACCCUGUGUGAAGAUGUUUUUGGAGAACAAAAUAACUUAAAAUAAACUUUGGCAUUGA